CAGACUUCUAAGUCAAGUCAACAACUGGAGUCGUAGCCAGAGUAACCAACACACGCCGCCGCCCCCCAGCGAUAUCCGCCUCCUUGGUCUGCAACAGUGCACCGGUCACGUAUUUGCACAAGGUCUUCAAAAGCAUUGAAUAUCAUGAUCAGAUCAUAGCAAAGUAGCGGAAUCGCCCUGCCACCGUGAUACUGGAAGUUGUGGUUGUAUCAUUUUGGCUUGGCCCCAAACAUUCGCCUUUCAAAUCGUUGACGCACUCCAUAUCAUCUUUCCAACGCUCAACCUCCCGGGUAACACUUUGCACCGAACACGUUCUUGCUGGCUCGACAUCUGGUGGGUUUGGCGAGGGGCUCAUGCACACAACUGACUUGCCAUGGGGAUCAAAGGAAUCUACCGUGAACUUGGCACGGGCCAGAGGAUAUCUCUCGCCAAACUGGCCGUAGAGAAACUCGAAAGCUCAGGCAGACCAUUGCGUAUUGCCAUUGACAUUGCCAUCUGGCAGUUUCAGGCACAGGCUGCACGAGGUGGUACAAACCCUGCUAUCAGAACUCUCUUCUACCGCCUGGUGCGUCUUCUCAGUCUCGGAAUACAUCCAAUCUUUGUCUUCGAUGGCCCUCACAAACCGGCCUUCAAGCGCAACAAGCGCUCUGGCAGAGGAGAUGGCGUUGCCACGGCCAUGGCAAAGAGAGUGACCCGCCUGUUCGGGUUUCCCGUGCACGACGCACCAGGCGAAGCAGAGGCCGAAUGCGCCCUUUUGCAGCAGAAAGGAAUCGUCGACGCCGUCCUCAGCGAGGAUGUCGACACCAUCAUGUUCGGCUGCACUCGAACCCUCCGCAACUGGACUGCAGAGGGAACCCGUGGUUCCAAAACACCAACUCACGUUAGCUUGUACGAUGUCAACGCAUUGCUGUCCACCGGAACCGGCCUGGAUCGGGAGGGCAUGGUUCUGGUCGCACUGAUGAGUGGAGGCGACUACCUCCCCGAGGGUGUGCCUGGCUGCGGCGUCAAGCUGGCGUGCGAGGCCGCGAAGGCUGGGUUUGGAAAAUCACUAUGCCGCCUCAAAAUUGACGACGACGUUCAGUUCGAGGAAUGGAGGGCGAAUUUGCGACAUGAACUCCGUACCAACGAGAGUGGCUUCUUCAGAGUACGUCACAAGGCACUCUCCAUCCCAGACGAGUUUCCGAGUCGGCAGGUUUUAAGGCACUACACCCAUCCUGUCGUUUCAAACGCAAAUACAGUCAACAAGCUAAAGACGGACGUCAACUGGGGCAGCGCGAUAGACGUGCAAGGCCUACGGUAUUUCGUCCAGGAGACAUUUGACUGGGUGAACAAAACCGGUGCUGUCAAGCUCACGCGGGUCUUGUCCCCUGGCUUGCUGGUGAAUAAGUUGCUGGAGAGGCAUAUGUCCAACGAAGCAACCAGCCAAACGCCAGAAGAGAUGGAACACCAGGAGUCGUGUCUAAUACAACGCAUCACUGGAAAACGAACCCAUCACAGUACCGACGGGAUACCAGAGCUACGUGUAGCCCAUGUCCCAACCGAAAUUGUUGGCCUGGACUUAUCACACGAACAGGAUGAGGUUGUGUCCUUUGACCGUCAGGGUCUGGCGCUCAACAGCGACGACGACCUUGAGGCGACUCUCGACGGCGAUGCUGAGACAGCGGGCGGCAAGACCAGGACAAAUAGCACUUUUGAUCCGAAUGUACCUGAGUUGAUUUGGCUGCCAGAAACGCUUGUCAAGAUAAGUGUGCCUCUGACAGUAGAGGACUGGGAGGAGAAGCAGCGUUCUAAGGCUCUUCCUCGGGCAUCGAGCAAGACGGUCAAGACGGCCAAGACGGCCAAGACGGCCAAGACGGCCAAAACCACAAAGACAAUUAAGACCACGAAGUCCGCCAGCACUGCACCACACGAAGCGGGCGCUCUCGACAAGUGGGUGCAAAUUACCAAGACCACAGGGACAAACCCCAGCACAACAUCACAGGAUAAGUACUUCGACGAUGGUGACAUUCAAUUACCACCGCUCGCCCGGUCGACGCUCCGCGGCUCAAGCCCGCCACUACAUUCGUCUGCCUCCGUCUCCGCCUCGUCGCAACUACCGACCUCGUUGCAGAGUUCAGUCAAUCUAAGUAAGCAAUCCAGGUCCAACGGGAAAGCGACGGCCGGCGUAGAACCGACCGGGCACCUGGGCGCCUGGGCACACGUUGGCUCACAGCAUAUGCCUAGGAUCACCAAAUCUCAACACCCCGCAGAGCCGAUUAUUUUGUCAUCUAGCCCCAUACGCGCGUCGUCUGCGCCUACUUGUCCGUCGCUGAGUCCGCCGUCGCCUCAGCACAUCAUAGACUUGUCAGGUCCCGAUGACGCGACCCUCAUCAAAGCGUCCAAGUCAUUCGGCACUUUCUCGUCACCCAGUCAACCGACGGCCCCUUGCAGUCAGCCGUCUAUCAAGACACGGCUGACCAGAGGGUCAUCACCGGCGCUCUCCGGCAUACCGCCCGACAACAAACAAUCUAUGAAGCAAACGCGCAUGGAUUCAUUCGUCACAAAUUUGCCCGACAAGCCAUUGAAUGUGGAAAGUCGGACACAUCCAAACACGCGAGAAAGCAAUGACGCACUGGCAUACAUCAGUGCCAGCAAGACCGUGAAGCCGAGUUCCCUCGGCCACAACGACACCAGCUUGAAUAUGCUUCGGAUCACCAAACCUCUGGCAAGAUGGAUAGAUUACGACGACGAUGACGCGCCGCCCCCUAUGGGAGGCGCUCCUGGGCGGGCGAGGAGAACGGCGGUGCCUCGGACGAGCGUGGGGGGUUUUUUCAAAGUCAUCGAUACGAGUGACGAGCAUGAAAAGAACGGGGCGAAGCCUACGCCAUCCAAACGAUCGACAACGUCGGCCUGUAGGCAAAGCGAGGUUUCCAUCAUAGAUCUUACAGGAGACGACGAAUAACGAUGCCGGCAUGGGAGAAAAAAUAGACAGUAGAUUGAUUAUAUAUGAGAUCUAAUGCCGUUGCUUGCCAAGCGCAAGCUUCUGACAACGUCAAGACGGGACACGUGCUCGCCAUCAAUGGGUAUCCAAGGCUAAAUCCGCCCACGUUCAAUAACAAGAUCAAGUCAAACAGUUUCGUUUAUCAUCAGAAGAAUAACCAGUAUGCUUCAUCAUCUCAUGCCGCAGCCAUAGCUAAC